AUGGCGGCGCCCUCUGCCCUUCCUUCAUCGGAAGGGCCUACUGGAGGAGAUGGCGGAUCUCUGUCUUAUGUUCAGAUUGUUUCGAAGGUGGUGACACCUUCAACGUUUAAGAUGUCAAAGGCUGCAGAGGAUUUUCGGUUUGCUAUUGUUCUGAAGUUCGUGCGGAUGAGACCUACGAUUGAUGAUAUACGAUUGGCGAUUAUUAAGUCCUGGGGAUUACUGGAGAUUCCUACGGAUUUUGAUUUGCGAAAAGAAUCAACGCUCGCGCCUCAGUGGAUAUUUCUGCCAGGAUUGCCUCUUCAUAUGUAUCGGGCGGAUUUUCUGCAAAUUCUAGCAACCAGGUUUGGACGGUUUUUGGGGAUUGAUAAUGCUACGCUGCAUAGAACCAGAGCGUCGGGGGCUCGAAUGUGUGUGGAAAUAGAUUUAAAAGAUGAACCGGUUCAACGUUUUCCUAUUGUAAUGGCUAACAAAAAAGUUUGGCAGGAGGUUCGGUAUGAAAGACCUGGCUUCUAUUGCACCAAGUGCUGGCGUCAGGGUCAUACGGCAGUUGUAUGUCGAGCUAGUGAAGAGGCUAUGCGUAAGGGAUGUGAUGUGUCAAAAGGGGUGGGGAGAAAAAUGUGGCAAGAGAUUCCAAAACAGAAGAGUUUGCAGGGGGUUCCAGGAGAUGGGUUGAAGGAAGCCCAGAAGGAAGAUGGGGUUGUAAUGGAAGUAGUUAAUGGGAAAGAGGUAGUCGAUCCUAGGGAGGAAACAGAGAAAAUUGUUAGCAAAGAGCGAGGGAAUAUUGAUAUGAAAAUGGUGGAGGAGCCCUGUGAGGAGGAGGAGGUGGUAGAGCAACCUUCAAUCCAAAUGCUGCGGGAUGUUGAGGCUGUUCGGGGGGUUGGUUCUGAUAUGGACUUGAUUCUAGUUGAUGCUUAUAAUUCACCGCGUAGUGGGGGCCGUGGUCAAGUUGAGAUGGUCUCUGAGGUGCUUGAUAUGGAGUGUCAUUUACAGUCGGUUACAGUAGAAGAGCCACCAGAUUUGUAUGGUACUGAUGUGGAAGAGGAAGCGAAUGUUCUUGAUUUGGCCAAAAAUAAAGGAUAUGAUUCUGACUCUGUUUCGCAACAGGAUAAGCUUCAGCGUUUAGUUAGUUCAUUGGGUUUUGAUGGUUUUUAUUCUAACGAGGGUGCAGGGGGCAAAAUUUGGAUUUUGUGGAUAGCUCCAUAUGAUUUUGAAGUUGUUAGUGUGUCAACGCAGAUGGUUACGGGGUGGUUUGUGUUAGAUGGGACACGGACGUUGGUUUCUUUUGUUUACAUGAAAUGUACUCAGCUGGAUCAAAGAGAGUUAUGGGAGCAGCUGGUUGGUUGUAGGGCUGCUGGAGAUCCAUGGAUUGUUAUGGGGGACUUUAACAUUAUACGAGAGGACCGGGAACGUGUGGGGGGCUGUCCCCGAGCUGCUCAAGCUAUGGAUGAUUUUAAUUUGUGUAUUGAUCAAUGUGGUCUAGUUGAGCUGAAUUAUCAUGGUAAUCCUCUCUCAUGGUGUAAUGGGCAGGAGGGGAUUGCACGAAAGUGGGUGAGGCUUGACCGCGUGCUUAUGAAUGUGGCCUUCUCGGCUCGAUUUAAUUUGGUGCAGAUGGAGUAUAUUAAACACAAGACAUCGGACCAUAGUCUUAUGGUGAUUCGUUUAUCCCUUGUUAAUAAUAGGUAUGGGCCUUCUCCGUUUCGGUUCCAAAAAAUGUGGUGUUCUCAUGGUUCAUUUCAAAAGUUGGUAAAGGAGACAUGGAAACAGCCUACGGUAGGAUCGGGAAUGGUUAAAUUGGCUGCAAAAUUGAAGCGACUUAAGGUGGAGCUGCGGAUAUGGAAUAAAUCGGUGUUUGGGAGAGUGGAUACUAAUAUUCAGGAGCUAGAUGCGAAAAUGGAUCGUAGGCGUGGUUCAGUUAUUUCGCAGAUGAGGUUGGCAGAUGGGACUAUGUUGGACUCGGCAGAGAAGGUGCACUUGGGGGCGGUGGAAUAUUUUACUAAUUUCCUAACAGACAUGCCGCAGGUUGUUCAUGCAGAUCUUUCUCCUCUUGUGGGAUUGGAAAUCUCAGAGGAAGAUAAUUCCAGUUUGUGCCGUAGGCCUUCGGAAGAGGAAGUGAAGGAGGCCGUUUUCUCGAUUCCAGAAUAUAGUAGCCCUGGUCCGGAUGGGAUGUUUGUGAGGCGUCCAAGGUUCGAGUGA